CCGGCGGUGUUUAGGACCUCGGGUCCCUGCAGUCACUGCGCCAGGAAUCAAAGCCUCUAAAAUCUUCAAUAUUUCACUGCAAAUUCAUUGACUGCAGCCGAAACUGCGCGCACUUUCAUCUCUGCUUUGUUUUCGAGCCUCAUCUAUUCAGUAGUUUACAAAAUUGAGCUUUAUUUAUUUGUUUGAUUCCGAUGAUUAAUUUGUGUUACUGCGUCUUUUGUCGGUGUCGCGCAUUGAGGUCAAUAAGUCACAUAUGAGCUGAAAGACACGCGCUUGAUUCUCGCUGCGAUCAUCUGUAAAACUGCAGACAUGACUGAAUCAUUACACUGUCUCUUGAUCGGUUCUGUUCUCAUGGUUCUGGUCUCUGCUGAGGGUCUGAAUGCUGGUCCAGGACUCCUUCCAAGUCCUCUCCGGUCUCACGGGCCAGUUCUGGACAUUCCCAUUGGUUUUGAGGGGCAUGAGGAGGUCUCUCGGAAACCUGGAUUCACAGAGACUUCACAAGAGAGCUCGGGGUUCUUCAGCGAGGACACUGAGGACACCAAGAGCGUCCAGCGGUGGGAGUCACAAACCGAGACCAAAGAGGCCGGUUCUGACCCGGAUGCCAUGAGCGAGCGCUGUCUAUUGCCUAAGAAGGUGGGACCGUGUCGUGCUGCUUUAACUCGCUGGCACUUCAACCCCGCGGCAAACAUGUGUAAGAAGUUCAUGUUUGGAGGUUGUGAAGAGAACGGCAAUAACUUUCUGACACUGGAGGAGUGUGCAAAAGCCUGUCAUCCAGUCUCCGAUUACAGUCCUUCACCCCUAGAACCCACAUCUUCCUCCCUCCCUCUGAUCAACUCUUCCUCCUCAUUCCUCCCCACUUCGGAGUCCAUGAACCCUGCGAAGUGGGAGAGUGAUUCCGAAUCCAGCGGCUUUCUCCUUAACCCCUUCUCUGGCCUGUCAACCGCACCUGCUCUUGACCACACCCACCCCACAGACACGCCCCCCACUCUCACCCGUCAGAACGGCUCCGAAGACACAGCUGGCCCUGACACAUCGCUUGCUUCUGAGGAUGAGAGGUUUGAUGAUGAGACUGACCAGGCUGUCACUCAAUCACCCACAGCUCCAGAAGUUGGGCCCCUGCCCAGCCAAGGACCCCUGCAGCCUGACGAACCACAACACGAGGAUUCUGAGGAAGAGGAGCUGGUAGUGUUUCCCACUGAGUUGGAUAAAGAAGAUGAAGACUGGCGAUAUCUCACGACCGGCCCGUCGUCCUCUCCCGCCUCAGAUCUGCCGCCUGUGGUUUUUACAGAGACGUCCUGGCAGGGGGCUCCGCUCGUCACGACUGAGGUUGAGGAAGGGGCGGAGCUUCUUCAUGGCGGAACCGAAUAUCUAGCAAAUACUGAACUUCAUGAACCAGAAGUGUCACAGGAGGCUGAGCAGGUGAUUUGUGUGGACUGGAGUAACCUCGCAGGAAAGGGUUACGUGAUCCUUACUAUGACCGACAACUUUGACUGC